UUUAAUAAAAUGUGCAGUAAAGAUAAAGCGCACAUUUGGAUGAUUAUAGUGGGAAUUAUUUGCGUGGCCACUUCAAUAGGACUCCUGAGACAUGUUUUUAACCUCAGCACAUUUGAUAUUAUUUUCCUUGCUCCGAUUGUUUUGGUUAUUGGAUUUGCCUAUACAAUAAAACUGAUGGCCGACGUGGAAUACAUUCAUUUAGCGCUGCUAACCACUUUGGCCAUACCACUGAGCUGCAUGUUUCUUUUUGUUUUUAAAAUGGAAAAUUUUUUAGAGGACUGGAGAUCUUUUACAAUUUUUUGGAAGCUUGGAAACAUUCUGUUUCUGACAUUUCUAAUUGUGGAAAUAUUUGCUGAAUGGCAGGACCAACAAUUAUGGCGGAAAACAGUUCAGAAAGUUUAUAUUUCAUUCAUCACCAACGUGAUUAGCUGAAAAUUUGAUGCCAAACUUCUAGUGAAUGAAAAUCAUCGGAAAGUUUGCCGCUGGCGAGCUUCGCUAAUAAGACACAUUGUCUAGCCAAAGG